UAAGUCACAUUUUGAUUAAAUGUUAUGUCUAUAAUUUUUCUGUCUAGAAUCUAUUUAGUAAAAACAACAAAUAUUGAACUUAUUUUCAUGUUCAAUUUAAUAUAAUAUUUUUAUUUUUCUUAUUCAAGUUUAUUUAAACAUUUAAAAAGGAAAUAUAAAUCAGUAAUAACAACAAUGAAUGCACAGAAAAGUCCACAUGAUAUUUGUAAAAUAAAAUUUUUUUGCUCCAAUUGAAUACUCAAUUGCUUUAUAAACAAAUACAAAUGCUCCACCGACAGUUAAAAAAAACAUUUACAACAGUUAUUAAUUGUUCUUGUAUAGAUUUCAUAUCAAGUCUAAUUGAAUCUCAAGAUUUAUUUAAAUAUAAUCUAUUUAAAUUAACAUAUUUUUUGUCAUUUCAUCAUAUUCACGAUUAGCUUGUUCAACUUUUAAUUUUUCAAUACAUUCAUUUAAUUCAGAAUUUCGUUCUGAUUCAAUAUAAAUUGGUACAAAUAAAUCACAAUCAACUAAUAUUUCAUAAAGAUAGGGUUUUUUUUUUAUUCGAUAAUUUAUAUGUAUCAGUUUGUUUAUAAUUAUUUAAAUUUUUAAAAAAAUAUUUUCUAAGAAUUAUUCAGUAAAAGAUGUUCGUUCAAUUGGAACAAGAUUGAAGAUAAUAAAUCGAAAAUAUUAGAAAGUAUUAUCAUUGAAUACAUCGAGUCAAUGUCAUAUGACUCAUCAUUUUUUCUGAUUGGAUUUUGAUAAAAAUGAGUCAUAAAUUUGUGUGGUAAUUAUUUGAUUUGUUCAUUUACAAAAAAAAUACGGAGAAAAAUAUAAAGCUUGAACUCUUUUUUGUUCGUCUGGAUCAUUUCUAAAAUUAAACACGUCGAAUAAAGUAGAUUUACAACGUAAAUUAAAAGAAAUUGGUUAUGAAAUUGGACCUUUUCCAUCAAAAGAUACAUUGUCAAAUAUAAUACGUCUUCAUUCAUUAGUAAGAAAAUUUAUUUCUUUUUGUUUUUAUCUUUAUUUUUAUGAUUUUUAUUCAUUAGACUGUGCAAAAAUAAAGGUGUCAAUGUCGCAAAAUUAAAUGAUCUUGCUCUUCGUAAGAGUCUAACUGAACAUGGUCUUGCAGUUGGACCUGUAACAAAUCAUACUCGAUCAAUUUAUCAACGUAAAUUACUUGAAGUAUUAACAAAUGAAACAAGUGAAGGAAAAGAAGAUGAAAUAGAAACAGAAAUACCAAUAUCAAAAACACCAUCACGUACUAUACGUAGUUCAAUAACGCGAACUGCAGAUAAUGAUAUAACAUCAUCACCUGGACGUUUAUAUACACAAGAUGUACAAGAACCACGUACAGCAUUAACUCGUGUUGAUAUUGAAAAUAAAAAUAAACAUAAUUUAUCAAUUUAUUAUCCAAAUGUUUCAAAUACAAAACCAAAAUCUGAACAAACAAUAACACAUUCGUAUUCACCACAACGUUCAUCAACAAAAACAGAAUUACAUCAUAAUACAAUGUCAUAUGGUUUAAGAAAUUCAUAUGAUUUUCAAAAUGAUGAACCAACUAUAAUUCGACAUGAACAUAAAGCAACACCAUUUUGUACAACAAAUAUUUCAUCAGGUGAAAUAUUUUCAACAAAUACAAAUCGUUAUACAAAACAAUCAGAUAUGCCAACAACAACACGAAAUGAUUUAAAUGAAAUUCGUUCAAGAAUUUUAACAAAUACAAAUGAAGAAAAAGAAAUUCAAAUUAAAAAAGAUUUAACACCAAAAAAAAGUACAUUUAUUAAUCAAUCAGAAAAUAAAAAAUUAUCAAAUAAUAAUGAAAAACUUGAUGUUCCUGUUAAAAAUAAUGGAACAUUUCUUUAUAGUGGUAUUACAAUUGCUGUUGCAUUAAUUGUCUUUGUACUUUAUCUGUGGUUUGAAAAAUGA